AUGCCAACAUCUAUUCAUUCCUCCGCACCGAAAGGAAUUUUACUGUCUCGAAAACCGAUCAUCUUAUGGAUACAUGACCCGAGUUCUGCUUAUAGUCACGAUGCGGUAGUCAAUCCCGACUUAUUUCCUGCAUUUCGCGAAGGACAGCUUUUGCGCAUCCACUGUGCAAGGACAAAUCAGCAAGCUCAAACUUCGCAAUCAAGCUCAAAUGCUCGAUUAGACCAACAAGAUCAAAAGAAACAUCAAGAUCCUCCGCCGCAACAAAGUCAACCACAACAACGAUACCAACUAAAUGAUGGGUUAUUGGGACAACGUAUUACUUACUUGGAUAGACAGCAUGAAGGUUCUUCUAGCCAUUUCGAUUCCGUUAUAGUAAAAGGUCAUGCAGUAGAUCGCGAAAAUCUGGCUAAACAACAACAGUUACAGCUGUCAAUUUCGAAAGAUAUUGCAGACAGAUUCAAUCUAAGAUCGAGACAGGAAGUUUAUGUUGAGUUGAUUAACCCUCUACAGGUAGCUUUGGAUUAUGUGGAGCUGGGAUUUAAGGAACAGUAUUUAGGUAGAAGCGAUAUGUGGAGGCUUCAACAGAACUUGAAAGGAACGUGUGUUUAUUUAGAAAAGAAGAUUCUUUUUGCAGGGUCGAUAAAGGCAACUGUGAAACGUUUGUUCUCUCAAGAUAGUCGAGUAACUUCCGGAUACAUUACGGAGACAACACGAGUCAUUUUCAGAUCAGCUUCAGCAAAAUACUUCCUAUUUAUUCAAAUGUCCAGAGAAAUGUGGGAGUUUGACGAGGAUGGAGAAUUGUAUUUCGAAAAGGCUGUCAGCAACUUCUUACCUCAUCUAUUCAGCAAAUGGAAAGAAGAAGGAACCAACCAUGUUGUAUCUGUUAUUCUUUUCACGCGUGUGUUCUAUGAAACGAAAAUUGAUGACACUCUGAUAAUCCAAGCAUCAGAUGGACGAUUUUACAAGGACUUUUAUAAGGUGAUAGCAGAUUGGGAAACAACCGAUGAUUGGACAUCAAUUAUAAGUUUGUUGAAAAAGGAACAACUCACUUUCCAGUCCGAUAUAUUAAUGCGCACAGAAAAUGGUCGAAAACUGAUAUGUGGACAGAUUUCAAUGGUAUAUGAAGGCAAUGUACUGGAAGCUGUCAACCUUGCAUUGAACCCGUUUGAUAAGCACUAUGUUGAUCGCGAUUUAAUGCGAACUGGCCUCUCAAUUAUCUUGAUUACACCAGGUGUGGGGAAAUUUUGGGUUAACAAGAAGCUUCUACGUCUGACGAACGAGCGCAUGACAGACAACGGGAUCGCUAUGGAUCUUGUUUGUUUAUCUCCUGUGCCUUUACACGUUACACCAUUGAUGUGCUAUAUGGAUGCCCCAUUCACCGGAGAUGUUGACAACACAGCCCCAUUAGCGGAUAAUUUGGCACCGCGUACGGGCGUUGGUAGGCCUUCGUUCCUUGUGGGAAACUCCCCUGAAAAAUCGGCCAUGUACCCUAUUCCUAUUCAGAAGAAUGGUUUUGUUGAUCCUUUGUACAGAGAUUCUACAGAUGCUCCUACGCAAGUUUUCUAUUCUGUUCCACAUUGGAUUGAUUGUAGCUUCUACCACCAUGAAACAGGAAGAUUUCAAAAACAAGACAAAUUCAAAACGAGAUGCAAGAUGUAUGAACUUCAGAUGAUGGGUAUCAUGGAACAUGAUUUACAGGGUAUCUCAUUACCGUAUCUAAAGAAUUCUGGUGAGCACGGUAACACUAAUGAUGAAGCGCAGUUGUUACGCCAACAGCGAAGUAGCAGUAGCCUUUAUGAUAAGCUGAGAGCAGCUGAAGACGGUAAGCAUAGCCCUUACUUCAACAAUGGCGAAGCCUACCUAUCAAAAUCUGCAACUAUGCCAAGCAAUAUUAGACGCCCAUCAUUUCUCACAACAACAGAAAUGACCCCUUUGCGUCCGGAAAAAAAUAGCAGUGCAUUCGAAAAACAAACAACACCAUCGUUAGAGAAUUAUGAUGAUGCUAUAUUUAAAACUUCAACAGAACCUCGAUUUACCAAAAAAAUGGCAGGCCCAACAUCCGCAUCAGCACCUGGUAAAAUCAACAAGGCCUAUCAUUCCACUAGAAGUUCGUUCGAUGGUCAAGAACGAAAUGACCUUGGAAUAGAUGGAUCGCAGAGUGCGAGUGCGCGCUUCAAAACAUGGCACCAUGCAAUCGAUCAAAGAAAGAUUCCAUCUAUUUUAUCUUACACGCAACAAGUAAAUGGAAGAAGCUUUCAUGAUUCGCAGUUUUUACCACCUAGAAAGGAAGAUAGACCUAACAUAGAUCCUUUUCGCGUUUCACCUAAUGUGAAAGAUGAAACUGCUCCCAGAAUACGACCGACGAGAAGGGGAACCGUGCAAAGUACGGAAAUCAAAUAUACUUCAGCAACUGAAUCGGGUCAACAACAAUCAAUACAGCAGCAAUCACGACAGCAGCAGCAACAACAACAGCAGAAGCAGCAGCCACAACAGCUACAACAGCCGCAACAGUCGCAACAGCCGCAACAGCAAAAACAUUUACAGGUUGCAGCUCAGCCUAAUAAUGAAGAAGAUGAGUUCACCGUUAUCAGUUCUAGUACGGUUGAACCGGUUCCAAUCAAUAACAAAGGAUUCAGCGGUCGUUCAGACAUGAGCCGUAAGGGCAUCAGUCAUUCUCCUCGUCAGGGUCUCACUUCCAGUAGUUUGACGUCUGUGCAUAAACAAUCAGAAGGUAGUGAUAUAACAAGAACUAGUUUUGGAGCGAAUAAUGCUUUAAAUAUUACCAAGUCUUCACCAUCUUAUGCACUUAAUCGACAUGAUCCGUUCAAGCAUAUACUUAUCAACCCUUGUAAUCCCUCUGAAAAUCAAAAUCUGUUUACUUCACAUUUACGUCGUUGGCAACACGCUCUUCCGAAGGUUGAACCCAGUGAUGGGCCCGUUGUUCAUUGGAGGUCCUUGGUUACACCUGCCUGUUUACCAUUAACAACUGACUAUUUCCCUUCAAAUGAAGAGCUUGCGCAACAUUAUAAUCAUUAUAUGUAUACUGUUUCAGCGAGUGAAGAUACAAACCUUUAUCAAGCAGGCGACCGAAACUUGUCCGAGCAUAAAAAAACUGAAAACUUACUGAUUGAAAUGCUAAGUCAGCGUCUAGCGCAAGGAUUUCAAAUCAUCGUAGAUAGUACAGGUAGUUCAAACUAUACAAAGGCAGUGCCGGCCAAAGCAGAAGGUGUUGUUUCGGCGCUCGGUGGAGGGCUGUCUCAUUUAAAAAAUAAAGACGGACAUGGAACUUUGCAUGCAGUUACCGGAAAAGACUUGAAUCAAGUUACAACAUCCUCCCUACGAGCCACUGGAGCAAGUUCUACAAGCAAUCAUCCAACUACUACAUUAGCAACUACUAUGGCGAUAGGUGGUAACACUAAAUCUACUCCUGCCAAUAACAAUGCCACACCGGUCAUUGGUAAAGCUUUGCAAGAAAACGUCGAGAAGACAAAUUGGAAACAUCAGGUUUGGUGGCUGUCUAUGGGUCAUCAAGUGCAUCAAUUGACUUUUGAUUCUUCGGGGCAAAACGUGGAGGUUCGUCGAUACGUUCGAAUGAUUCAGUUUGACGAUAGUAAAAUAAAAUACAAAUGUGCCGUUUGGCCAAAAAAUAUGCCAGCCUACAAACCAAGGAACGUCAAAUUCAACUAUCCAAGCCUGAUGUACGCUUGGAAUUAUUUGGAUCAUUUAGUGGCUGGUUAUCAGGAAGAACUAACAGAUAACCUCAGAUUUUGGCGCGCUCGCUUUAUUGUCAUUCCUCGAAAAACGUUGCCUACCAAUAUCACUUAUGCCGCUGCACUUCAUGAGAAUCUUAAUGAAGAGGAAAAAAGAAUCGCUCUGUUCGAAUUAUGGAUUCAAAAUAUACGCCGUGCUAAAUGGCUAAAUCCUGAGGAAAGGGAAGAACUACAGAAAAAGCAUAAAAAGGAGAUUGGGUUUUCUGAUUUAGGCAUUAGAUUGACAACGAUGGAUCCUUCUGCUUAUGUUGCUAGUGAUACGCUAAGAGCUGCUCUACAACCAGUCAUGACAGAGUCAAAAUCUCAUAGUAAUUUAUUAUCAUCGAUUAUUAGUGGCCAAAGUCUAAGUAAGGAAUCCAAAUCUAAGGAUAUCGCUUUGGCAAUGCAAGACAGUAAGAUAGGCUUACGGAUCACGGAUCGUCGAUGGCAUUUCAGACUAUUCAAUGACGUAUUCACGGGCACAGAAUUUGUUGAUUGGUUAAUUAGUCAUUUUGAAGAAGUAACAACGAGAGAGCAAGCAGUACAAUGUGGUAAUACACUUAUGCAACGCAAACCGCCCUUAUUCUAUUCAGCAACAAAAAGACAUAAUUUUCUUGAUGGAAAUUAUUAUUAUACUCUUCAUGAAGACUAUGUGAUCGAUAGGAAAAAGUCAUCUAAGGCCAACCGUAAGCAAACUGGCAAUAAUGAUUCAGCGGCAGGUUCAGCUGUCUCAACUCCAAUUAAAGAAAAAGAUAAUGACAGUAACGCACUUCGUCAAAUACCCAGUACACAGUCGAGCAUAUCACUCAAACGGGUUGAAUACAAUAUGUCGCAGUCCAUGAUCAUUGAUGUUGAUCCUUAUAAGAAGAGCGCCAGAAGAGAAACUGCUAUUUUACAUUAUGAUACCAUCCACAACCCGAAUAACUGCUACCAUUUUCAAUUAAACUGGCUCGGUUGUACUGCUCAACUUGUUCAAGAGCUUUUACAAAAUUGGAGUAGACAAGCGGACAGAUGUGGCUUAAAACUUGUUGAAGGUUCAGUAGAGCAAGCAUACGAAGAUUUGGAGAACAAUAACCCUUUCCAAUGUCCUGUGCCUAUUUCUUUAGCUGUUCCUCCGCCUCCUAUUGAAGAACUCACUGCUAUGUCAAAAAUCAAUGUUCCUGCUCAGUUUUACGAAAUUGCAUUAGUUCGUCAUUUAGAUUAUGUUUUAGACGUGGAGGCUGAUAGUAAUUUUGAAGUAGCCAGAGCAGAGGGGGUUGACCUUGAAUACUCCUACAUCAAAGACACUUAUAAUUAUGAUCAAUAUAUACAUAGAUCAGGAGUAUCCUUCGUCCAAAUACGACCUAAUCGGGAGGGUUUCUUCUGGGUAAAUAACCGUCUUUACACGAACCAUACACCUGCUCUUAUUGCCAAUCGUCGCCAACCCUCAUCACAGUUCAGUCAUCCUGAUACCCUCCGUACAGAGUUUCAGAAGCACUGUAGUGACAAACAAUGGUUGACUGAAUUUUGGGAAACAACACGGGCUCAUUUCAAACAGGGUUUGGAUCCAGAUAGUGUUGAAGCCUGGGUUUUUGAAAAUUGUGGCGCAAUUGUCGAGCCUGAUUCCAGAACAGCAACGUCAGCUUCAAUGCGACAGUCUCAGGCUAUAACCACUGAAAAAGAAGAUAAACUUACUGAAGCUUCUUUGUCAGCUGCCAGCUCACGAACAGCUUCAGCUACUGAACUAACGAUUAAUACAACGCCUAAUUUACCCGAUAUACACAGCCAGCAGGAUAGUAACUCUCCAAAUCAAUCAAUCUCUCCAUAUCCUAACAUUGCGGUCACUAUUUCCGCUGCUUCUCCCAAUGCCAAUGAAACCGCAACAUUUCAUUUUGACGAUAAUACCACUAACAAUUAUACCCACUCCAUGAAUAACAGAAGGGACAACAAUAUGGAUAAUUUAAAUAGUAAAUCAUAG